CGUCCAAUCAGCGGCAUCGGGAGGCGGACUUCCGGCGACUAUCUUUCGAACCGCGGCCUGUGAUGGACUUGAGUUGAUUCGGAUUUUUCAUUUGUUUAGCGCCUGAGGAUGUCACAGCAACGAACACUACCUCAGAGUAAAGAGCUUCUGCUCCAGUCCUACAACAAGAGACUGAAAGACGACAUCAAAUCUAUUCUGGAUAACUUCACAGAAAUUGUUAAAAGUGCUCGGGUUGAAGAUGAGACGCAGGUAUCCCGGGCGACACAGUGUGAACAAGAUCACUAUGAAAUGCAUGUGAGAGCAGCAAACAUUGUGCGAGCUGGUGAGUCUUUGAUGAAGCUGGUGUCAGACCUGAAACAAUUCUUGAUCCUGAAUGACUUUCCCUCGGUGAAUGAAGCCAUUAAUCAGCGGAAGCAACAACUACGAAAUCUGCAGGAAGAAUGUGACAAGAAAUUGAUUACCUUGAGAGACGAGAUUGCAGUCGAUCUGUAUGAGCUGGAAGAAGAAUAUUACUCCUCCAGGUACAAAUAACACACAACUGUCCUCGGCACAGCCUCCAGAAUGUUCCCUGAGCAAGCACAACAGAGUGCCUUUUACCACUGACAUAACCACAAUGUGAGCCAGCCUCAUUCACUUACACUGUAACACACUCCUAAUCUCUCACUAACCUCCUCAAACAAUAACAAUUCUAAUCCCACACUAUAAUACUCUUCAAUUCCAUGAUAUAUACUGCUUUGGGUAGGUGAGGCUGUACCUCUGUUUUUAAGCUGCUUCUUUUUACUCAUUAGAAAUGCGAGUCUUUCUCUUUUCAUUGUGACAUGGGUUGACUUUGGGUUCGAGUUGAGGCUGUUUAAUAAAUACUGUUUCCAGCUCAUCUUCUGUUGAGAUCGAUCCUGAUCUACCAGAACCCAAAUAUUACAUCAGGUGUUGGGAAGGGUGGGGCUGGGCAGAUGGUGGUUCCAUUUAUUUGCACCUCUUCCCUUCUUUACAGAACAAAUUCCCGAUUCCUGACAGUAAAUCAUUUAGGGGAACCGAUGGAGUCUCCCCACCAUGUGUUUAUUGCCGUUGAUUUAAUUCAUUCCUCAGAGGUCAAACCCUAACAUCCAAAAAUGUCUCAAAGCAAUUGUUUUUUUUUAAAUGCAAUCUGCACAAUAAUGCUCACCAAUUAGCAAAACAUGAAACAUUCCCAGGCACUACAUAUUUCACUAAAACAUCCUUAAGUGCAAUUUGUGAAGCAGCCCCCUGUGCUGCAGCAUCUCCUGUUGGAAUUUGCCCUUACUGCCAUCUUGUGUGUAUCAGGGACUAUAAAGGUGCUCCUUUAAUGUUGAACCAAAUAAGGCGUUUAUAAUUGGGCGAUAGUGUCUGCUCAGCUUUUACUGCAGGAAGAAUCUGAGAAUUUUUACUCCAUAAACUGGAAUUUUAUUGUAAAGAAUCAUUACCCAAUUUAGUAAAGAGAUUCUAUUUAUCUCAAAUUUUAUAUUAGCUUUUCUACAACGUGAUAUUCAUGCACAUUACGAAUGUACAAGCACCCUGUUUAUCAGACUUUAAACUUCUCAAGUCUAAUCUUCUGUGUCAGAUUUGACAAGGAAACAUUUUUUGAUUUGUUUGAAGUAAUAUAACACUGGCCUUAAUGAUGCACAGUUCCUUCACAUGAGGAUAAUCAGUUAAAUGAUGUAUUGUGACUGACUGUGUUAUUAUUUAUAUGAUAAUCACUUCAACAACCAUCAACAUUUUCUCCAAUAUGCAUUGAGUCUCUGCGCUAUAGUUCUUUGAGGCUGGAGGAUGGCCCAGAAUUGGCUAAUUCAGAAUCCCUUCCUUCCCUUCUCACUGCCAAGUAUCUCAUUAUUUGUAAUGAUCCAACUCCUUCUGACUACCACAUAUUAAUACAGGGAUCGUGAAGUAAGAUGGCUUAGUCAUAGGAGACAGAGGGUAGUGAUGGAAGGAUUCUUAUCACAGUGGAGGGUUGUGACUGGUGGUGUUCCACAAGGAUCAGUGCUGGGGCCUCUGCUGCUAGUAGUCAACAGAAAUGAUUUGGAGGAAAAUGUAGCUGGUCUAAUUAGUAAGUUUACAGAUGUCUCACAGAUUGAUGGUCAGGUAGUGAGGAGAAUUGUCAGAGGAUACAGCAAGAUAUAGAAUGGAGAUAAGGAGGAAAUUCUUCAGCCAGAGAGUGG